AUGCACGUGCUGGAGGCGGAAACCACCCCUACUCCUAAUCCCCCGCCUUCAGAAGAAGAGAAAACAGAAUCUAAUCAGGAGGUUGCUAACCCAGAACACUAUAUUAAACAUCCUUUACAGAACAGAUGGGCACUCUGGUUUUUUAAAAAUGAUAAAAGCAAAACUUGGCAAGCAAACCUUCGGCUGAUCUCUAAGUUUGAUACUGUUGAAGACUUUUGGGCUCUGUACAACCACAUCCAGUUGUCUAGUAAUUUAAUGCCUGGCUGUGACUACUCACUUUUUAAGGAUGGUAUUGAGCCUAUGUGGGAAGAUGAGAAAAACAAACGAGGAGGACGAUGGUUAAUUACAUUGAACAAACAGCAGAGACGAAGUGAUCUGGAUCGCUUUUGGCUAGAGACACUGCUGUGCCUUAUUGGAGAAUCUUUUGAUGACUACAGUGAUGAUGUAUGUGGAGCUGUUGUUAAUGUUAGAGCUAAAGGUGAUAAGAUAGCAAUAUGGACUACUGAAUGUGAAAACAGAGAGGCUGUUACACAUAUAGGGAGGGUAUACAAAGAAAGGUUAGGACUUCCUCCAAAGAUAGUGAUUGGUUAUCAGUCCCAUGCAGACACAGCUACUAAGAGCGGCUCCACCACUAAAAAUAGGUUUGUUGUUUAAGAAGACACCUUCUGAGUAUUCUCAUAGGAGACUGCGUCAAGCAAUCGAGAUUUGGGAGCUGAACCAAAGCCUCUUCCAAAGCAGAGUGGACUGCAUUUAAAUUUGAUUUCCAUCUAAAUGUUGCUAAGAUAUAAGAGAAGUCUCAUUCGCCUUUGUCUUGUACUUCUGUGUUCACUUUUUUUUUUUUUUUUUUGGCUAGAGUGUCCAUUAUCCCAAUCAAAGAAUUACAGUACACAUCAUCCCCAGAAUCCAUGAAUGUGUUCCUGGCCCACUCUGUAAUAGCUUAGUAGAAUUACCAUUAUAAACACAUUUUACCCAUCCACAAUAUUCAAAAAAGAACUUACAUUUCUAUACCUUAAAGGAAAAAAUUCUGUUUAUGUUCCAUUGUAUGCAGGAGCAUAUUUUGCUGGUUUGAAAGAGUAUGAUGCAUACAGUUUUCUAGCAAUUUUCUUUGUUUCUUUUUACAGCAUUGUCUUUGCUGUACUCUUGCUGAUGGCUGCUAGAUUUUAAUUUAUUUGUUUCCCUACUUGAUAACAUUAGUGAUUCUGAUUUCAGUUUUUCAUUUGUUUUGCUUUUGUUUUUUUCCUCAUGUAACAUUGGUGAAGGAUCCAGGAAUAUGACACAAAGGUGGAAUAAACAUUAAUUUUGUGCAUUCUUUGGUAAUUUUUUUGUUUUUUUGUAACUACAAAGCUUUGCUACAAAUUUAUGCAUUUCAUUCAAAUCAGUGAUCUAUGUUUGUGUGAUUUCCUAAACAUAAUUGUGGAUUAUAAAAAAAAAAUGUAACAUCAUAAUUACAUUCCUAAUUAGAAUUAGUAUGUUUUUGUAUCUUUAUGCUGUAUUUUAACACUUUGUAUUACUUAGGUUGUUUUGCUUUGGUUAAAAAAUGGCUCAAGUAGAAAAGCGGUCCCAUUCAUAUUAAGACAGUGUACAAAACUGUAAAUAAAAUGUGUACAGUGAAUUGUCUUUUAGACAA